AUGAUUGACAAAUUCGGCACGAUGAACUACAACAACGCCCGGAAGCAUCUGUCUAUCUCCAUUCCGUCGUCCAGUGAGGUCACAAUGUCUCCGCACAUCAAGUCUGUGGAGGAGCUGAGAGUGCUGGGCAUCAACCUGAGCAGCUUCAACACAGCUACCCAGUUCGGCAUCUGCACUGCGGGCAUCUUCCUCUUUCACCUCCUCUAUGGCUACCUACAGGAGCUAAUAUUUUCCAUGGAGGGUUUCAAGCCCUUUGGAUGGUACCUCACCCUUGUACAGUUUGGGUUCUACUCCCUGUUUGGACUGGUGGAAUUGCAGCUCACACAGGACAAACGGAGAAGAAUACCAGGGAAGACAUACAUGAUCAUAGCAUUUCUAAUGGUGGGGACCAUGGGCCUAUCAAACACCUCACUGGGUUACUUGAAUUAUCCUACACAGGUCAUCUUCAAGUGCUGCAAACUCAUUUCUGUCAUGAUAGGAGGGAUAUUCAUUCAAGGGAAACGGUACAAUCUGGCUGAUGUAUCGGCUGCUCUCUGUAUGAGUCUGGGACUCAUCUGGUUCACUCUAGCUGACAGUAAAGUCACACCCAACUUCAAUGCAACAGGUGUCCUCCUCAUCUCUUUGGCUCUGUGCGCUGACGCUGCCAUUGGGAACGUGCAGGAGAAAGCCAUGAAGCUCCACAACAGCUCCAGCUCUGAAAUUGCUUUGUAUUCCUGUUCCAGCGGUUGUGGGUACAUAUUGACAGGCCUGUUUGGUGUGGGUGGAUUGGGACCAGCAGUGGCCUUUUGCUCUCAGCAUCCUGUGACGACAUACGGUUAUGCAUUCUUCUUCUCUCUCACGGGAUACUUUGGCAUUUCAUUUGUGCUGGCCUUGAUCAAAUUUUUCGGAGCCCUGCUCAUAGUCACAGUGACGGCCAUAUAG